AUGAUGCAUGCUGCGAAAGCAGAUACUUCUGAACGAAGAUUUGAAAUACAGUGCAAAUUGGAAGCAGAGAUUGCUUCUUUAGAAGCAUUGAAAGAAGCAGAAGAGCGAAGCAGAAAAUUAACCAAUAAUGUUGUGGGAAUUUUGUCUUCUUUAGAACAACGUCUUGCUACAUUGCGUUGUACUAUACUUCCAGUUUAUAAUGAAACAGGAAAUCUUCAAGCACAACAACAAAAUAUAGAAAUGACAUUGAAUGCUUUAGAUCAUGCUAUUGGAUAUUAUGGAGUUUGUCAAGAAGUAGAAGUUACAGUUCGAGCUGGCCCGGGAGGAUCUGGAGGAUUAGAUAAUUUUUUGGAAGCAAUGAAUCGUCUUUACAAUGCUCAACGUUAUUUUCAAAAAAAUAAUCCCAGUUCUGUAGAAUUAGAAAAUAUAACAAGUUUGUUUGUUGUUGGUUUAGAUGCUUUAUAUGCAGAAUUCCAUGAUAUUUUAACUAGACAGAGUAAACCAAUUCUUCCAAUUGUUCUUUUGGAUUUAAUUGGUUCAGAUGAAGAUACUAGUGGUGAAGAUGCUCCACAAUCUCUUUGUCAAUUACCAGAAAGUAUUUUAGGAGAUUUAUGUAAAAUUGCAGCAUGGUUAGAAGAGAGAGGACAUCGCAAACAUGUAAAAAUUUAUGCAUCUGUACGUUCAGCAAUUGUUUUAAGGUCUUUACAGUUAUUAAAAGAACAUCAAAGAAGUGCUAGCGGUGGUAGUACACAUGCAGGAAGUCCUUUACCAAAAACAAAAUUUGGCAAUAGAUACUCUUUAGGGAUCCAAGAAAUUAGUGGGAAAAGAGCUUCUAAAAGAUUACAACAUGCUUUAGAAAAAAAAGCUAGUAGAAUGUUGUUAAAGGCUUCUCAAACUACUGGUUUGGGGUUGUCUUUAACUACAUCUAGGAAGCCACCACCACAAUUAUCUGGACAUUCUGUAGAGGAUACAGCACCAGAUGAACAAGAAAUGGAGAAUUAUCUGCUCUUAACAGUUGGUCUUCAUAAACUAAUGCAAGCAGAACGAUCAUUAGUUGCAAAAAUUUUACCAAUCAGUUUACAAGCACAAGUACUAGAAGCUACAGUACGAGAAGCUAUGGAUCUUGUAGCUCAUGAUGGAGAGAGCAUAGCAACGCGAGCUAAACGAUGUAUCGUAAGACGUGACUUUUCAGCAGUUUUAGUGAUUUUUCCUAUUUUAAAACAUCUUGGAGAACUAAAACCAGACUUAGAGCGUACUGUUGAGGGUUGUGACUAUGCUCUUAGAUCAAAAUUCACUUCUGUGCUUAAUACUCUAAAUAUAACUGGAGCAAAAGCAUUGGAAGAUUUUGCAGAAAGUGUCAGGAAUGAAUCUAAUUCAAUUUUACCUAAAGAUGGCACUGUAGCAGAAAGUACAAGUAAUGUUUUAGUUUUUUUGGAACAAUUAGCAGAAUAUGCAGAUACAGCAGGAGCUGUUUUAAGACGUAGUUCAGAUAUGGAAGGUACAACAUCUGUAAAACAAACAGAAAACAUGUAUAGAAUUGUUCUUGGCACUUAUAUUAAAAAAGUAUUGGCACAAUUGAAUUUGGUGCUUGUAAGUAAAAGUGAUACUUCAUAUUCAGACAUUGCACUGAGAGCUCUUUUUCGUUUAAACAAUCAUAAUCAUGUUGUAAGUGCUUUACGUCGCAGUUCCUUAAUGGAACUUUUAUUAUUAGCAGAACCUAGUGCAGAACAAACAUACCAUGAUCUUUUAUUACGUGAUAAGGCUAAUUAUGUUUCUACUACUUUUGCAAAAGCGCGUGCUUAUCUUGAACAACCCUUCGAUGAACCAGAACCUGGAGCAAAAUCUUUGAAGGAGAAAUUUUGGGGAUUUACAAGAGAAUUAGAAGAAGUUGCAAAAUGUCAACGCUCUUAUUCUGUACCUGACGCUCGAUUACGAGAAGAAUUACGAAAAGAACUUCAACAAGCUAUUGUUCCUCUCUAUACGAGUUUUCAUAACAAAUACCGUGGAAUAUCAUUUUCUAAAAAUCCAGCUAAAUAUAUAAAAUACUCUCCUGAACAAAUAUCUAUAUUAAUUGAUACAUUUUUUGACACAACGGCAUAAUGAAUAAAUAGAAAAAUUUAAUAAACACCCAUUUAAUAAAGCAUAUUUAGUUACAGUAUCUAUGAUAUUUUUUAUGGACUGAGUCCCCAUUCCCCGGAUAGAUUGCACAGGUCAGUGGAUCUGCGACGAUUGAAAUAGAUCUCGGUCCAGCCCCACUUUAUAUAUAUUUAUAAUAUAUAUAUAAAAAACAAGUAACGUCUGAUUUAGAUUCAGCAGCUUAUACAUGUAAAAUGAUAAUGAUAGGAAUACAGUUUGAACUUUUACCAUUUAUGUACAAUUAUUUGUUAUAGAAUAAUUCCUUCUGUCUUUCUCUCUUGGUUUUUGUAUGCACUCUUAAACAUUCAUUCACACAUUAAUUUUCCCUACCUCUGAUAUUUUAUUUCUUUAGCCAUGUUGUGUGUAUCAAUUAUAGAAAAGUUGCAACAACAUGAAAAUACAAUAGAGGUAGAGAAUUGAAAUCACACUUAUAUCGCUCAUUUCUAAAACUUACAUGAUUAUCUUAUUCCAUGGUAUGUAUAUAGUAAUAUCAACCAAUUUAGUUGAAAGGUGGA